ACAGACAGUUUCUCAAACUGUGUCAUACACCUUGUUUCUCUCCAGGCUACUCUCUCUCUCUAUCUUGCUCUCCCCCGUCUCUCUCUCGCUUACAUACGGACAUUGUUUUGUAAAUCAUGUCUCAGAGGCAGACCAAGCUAACUCAGAACCCUUUAGAGAAGAUUUGGAUUCCCUCCAUGAGUAGCAAGCUGUACCGACGUAGAGGGUCGUCCGUCCCUCAGUUCACUAACUCUCCUACCAUGAUUGUGAUGGUGGGGCUGCCUGCUAGAGGGAAGACCUACAUCUCCAAAAAGUUAACCAGAUACCUCAACUGGAUAGGAGUUCCCACUAAAGUCUUUAAUGUAGGUCAAUACCGGCGGGAUGCGACCCAGUCCUAUAAGAGCUAUGAGUUCUUUAGACCUGACAACCAAGAGGCCAUGAAGAUACGCAAGGCCUGUGCCAUUGCGGCUCUGAAGGAUGUGUGUGCCUACUUCAUGCAGGAACAAGGACAGGUGGCAGUGUUUGAUGCCACCAACACCACUAUAGAACGUAGAGAAGUCAUUCUCAGCUUCGCCAAGGAGAACGGAUACAAGGUCUUCUUCAUAGAGUCGUUGUGUGACGACCCAGAGAUCAUUGCUGAGAAUAUCAAACAAGUGAAGCUGAGCAGUCCAGACUACGCGGGUUGUGAUAAAGAGGAGGCGGUCGCUGACUUCCUCAAGAGGAUUGAGUGUUACAAAGUUACAUACAUAUCCCUGAACGAUGAGAAGGACAGGAGUCUGUCAUAUAUAAAGAUCUUUAAUGUUGGCAGCAGGUAUCUGGUGAACCGUGUGCAGGACCACAUCCAGAGUCGUAUUGUUUAUUACCUGAUGAACAUACAUGUAGCGCCACGGUUUAUCUACCUGACCCGCCACGGAGAGAGUGAACUCAACCUUGUGGGACGCAUUGGAGGAGACUCUGGCCUGUCCCCACGCGGUAACAAGUUUGCCAGUACUCUAGGAGGGUACAUACGUAGCCAGUGUAUCAGAGAUUUGAAGGUGUGGACCAGCCACAUGAAGAGAACCAUCCAGACAGCUGAGGGUCUGGGAGUCCCCUACGAACAGUGGAAGGCCCUCAACGAGAUAGACGCAGGUGUGUGUGAGGAGAUGACCUAUGAGGAGAUCCAAGACCACUACCCAGAAGAGUUUGCACUGAGAGACCAAAACAAGUACCGUUACCGCUACCCCAAGGGAGAGUCGUAUGAGGACCUGGUGCAACGUCUGGAGCCGGUGAUCAUGGAACUAGAGAGACAGGAGAAUGUUCUGGUGGUGUGCCACCAGGCUGUCAUGCGCUGUCUGCUAGCUUACUUCCUUGAUAAGAGUGCAGCGGAGUUGCCAUAUCUGAAGUGUCCUCUCCACACGGUGCUAAAACUCACCCCAGUUGCUUACGGUUGUAAGGUUGAGUCCAUCUUCCUCAACAUUGAAGCAGUCAACACACACAGAGACAAACCAGUGAAUGUUGACGUGGACAGAGAACCAGAGGAGGCACUACUGACAGUCCCAGACCACAUAUAGAGGAGGAGAGGAGAGGAUGAGAGAGGGUCGACUGAUGGUCCCAGAUGACAUCUGGAGGAGGAGAGGAGAGCUACGAUAUUGCGACACAAUACAGGGAGAACCAAUGAAGAGACACCAUUGCCGUAGAGACUGAAGUGAAGCAAUAAGAGAGACUGCUGGGAAAUGGAGUUUAAAGGACCAGACUACAUGAACCCUACACUAUAAUUCUCUGUCUAAACGGAGCUAGAAAACAAUGCAACAUCUCUCUCAGUGGAACCCUGUUAGUGACAGUAGAAUGAAGUGAAUUCAACAAUUUGUCUGUCUGUGUCAUUGAAAAUAAGAAUUUGUUCUUAACUUACUUGCCUAGUUAAAUAAAGAUAAAAUAAAUAUAUGUUAGGAUCAUGUUGUCCAGGAUUUCACAAACUCGGUCCUCAAGACCCCAAGGGGUGCAAAUUUUGGUUUUUGCCCUAAACAGCUGAUUCAAAUAAUCGACUAUUUAUCAAGCUUUGAUCAUUUGAAUCAGUGUUAGGGCAAAAAACAAAAUGUGCACCCCUUGGGGUCCUGAGGACCAAGUUUGGGAAACGCUGAUGUAGUCUAUCAGGAUAAUCUAGUCUGUCUAUGUGUUAGGAUCGUGUAGUCUGCAUGUGUGUUAGAAUCAUCUAGUCUCAUCAUACACUGGUUUAAUUCUG